GAAACAAGAAUGUGGGUAAAUACGACUCUUCUCCUUAUAUCAGAAUGUCGGAAGGAGAAGGCAGUUCAAAUAGAGUACCUACAUUCUUUCAAAUCAAACAUCCAUUCCAAAAUCACAAUGGAUUUGAUGUACCAGACGAAAUGAUUGAGGAGUUCAAUAAAUGGGUUUUCAAAGAUGUGUCGACCAGACGUGGCAGAAAAGCAGCUUAUUCCAAGAUUAAAAACUCAUUUCAUCCUCAAAUGGACUUUGGCGUUGUCAAAAUCGGAGAGAAAGAUUUUUUUCACAUAAUGAGUCAACCGGGUAGACCUUGGGAGGACGGGCAUAUCAAUACAAUAAUGUAUUAUCUCCGAAAGAAGGCAAAAUACUCCCAAAAUGUCACUUCUUACAGUACUGUUGAUUGUUGGUUUAUGGCAUGGGUUGAUAACAUUGAGAAACAGUGGAGACAAUCACAAUGUGACAUGAGAUGCAUAUCACCGGACCAUGAUGUUGGACAAUGCAUUAGAGGAUAUAAGCUGCUUGCUAACAUUCCGUGGGAUAGGGUUGAUGAAGUAAUCAUCCCAGUCAACAUCAAUGACAAAUUCCACUGGUUUCUUGUUGUAUUCCGAAUCAAAAGUAGAUGUCUAUAUGUAUAUGAUUCGAUGAUGGGAGGAUCUGUUCAUUCAAGGAAAGUCAAAGAAGCCGUUGAUAAGCUUGCAACCAUGAUUCCUUUAUUUCUGACGAGCACAGGUUUUUAUGGCAAAAGGCUUGAUUUGUAUGCGAAUAAUCUCCCUGAUUAUCAACAGAAGUCUCACUCUGAACCUCUAAGUAUCAAGAAUGUUACACAUGUUCCUCAACAAGAAGAAAGUUCAAAUGAUUGUGGUUUAUACACAUCUCUUUUUGCUGAAUACAUGAGCAAUGGAGUUUUUGAUAUGUCACAUAUUGAUAUUGAUUCAUCAUAUCAUCGUCAAAGAUAUGCAACAUUACUUUGGCAUUAUGGGAAAUCAAAGAAUGAUGAAGGCGCAAUCAGUGAAAGUGAAGUUACAGGAACAGUUGCUAGCAAGAAGGGUGGACCUCGAACUCACAAAGAACAAGUUAUGGACACCACCAAUUAUCCUACUCCAAAAUUCCGUAUCAGGAAGUAGAAAUCUUCAUGGCACAUA